UAUCUGUACAAUGACCUAAAGAGGUUAUUAGGAAUUAAAAGCUUUAGCUAAACUUAAUGAUUCACAGAAAAAUUUAAGGACAAGAUUACGAUUUAUUUGCGAAAACAUCAAGCUUAUUCUUCCAACGCUCUGAUACGCUGUCUUCAGUAUGUCUGCAAUGGAAGAAAUAAUCCCACAACUAGUGCCUACGCGUCUUCGUUCCAAUUCUGCGUUUCGAGCCGAUUCGGUUAGUAACAUCAAUGAUUUUGUCACGAAAAGUCUUGUGUGAAAAUAGCUUGAGAUGCUAAGUCUUCCAAUUUUAUUCCUCCAGAAAGAUUCCAAAGAUGUGGUAUCGUAAAAUUAUAUUCUUUAUCUUUGUGGAUUCAGUGCUGAGUUACGGUCAUAUUUACUCGUGUGACGAAUGGAUAGCAACCUUGAACAAUGAGACCAAUAUCCAAGAUACAUGUUCGCAGUACGGAAGAUCAGUUUACUGCACAGGAACUCUGGAUGGGAUUCAUGAUCACAAGCUCAAGAUGGCAGAGAAAUUGUGGAUCUGUCGCUUUCCCAAUAAAACCUUUGAUCCCUACGUAAUCCUCAAACAUUUCACUCAUCUCAGGAUGUUGAGGAUCAACUACAGCAAUUUUACCCACUUAAGCAAUGAUUUUCCCGAAUUGAAACACCUGGAAGUUAUUAAUAUAACAAACACGGCAAUGGCUUAUACAAGACCAACGCUUUUUCGUAAACUUCCGUCGCUAAGAUAUUUGGACUUGAGAGGAAAUUGCUUGGAUCACAUGGAAGGUCCAUUGAUUCUAAACAGUGGCUUCAAAAAAAUGUAUCUCUCAGGAAAUAAAUGGAAUUGCACGCGAAAUAUGAAAUGGUUGCUAACUUAUGAUGAGAAUGAUCGUGGAAAGAGGGUUGCUGAUAAGGAACAAAUGCGCUGUGUGGAUUACAAAUACUCCGGAAGACCCCUUUUGGCUGUGAUGGACUUUAAAAUGCAACUGCGAAAGCAAUGUGGUCAUCCUGAUAUCAAGAAUUGCUCCUGUACUCUGCAUUACAUUAGACCAAGCGAGGAUGGAGAGUACUUGAUACCCAUGGUCACAGUUAAUUGUAGUAAUCGCGAUUUCCUGGAUUUGCCAGAGUUUCUUCCCAAAAAUACUACAAUUCUCCAUAUAAGUCACAACCAGAUAUCCAGUAUCGAAGUUCUGAGGAAAAAUCCAAUUUAUUUGGAGGUUCAUGAUGUCUAUCUGGAUUACAAUCAAAUUGAAUCAAUUGAAUUUCUCGAGGCUUCGCGAUGGUUAAAUAAUUUCCGGGUAUUUAGUCUGAAGGGCAACAAACUCACCAAGUUCUCCAGUCACAUCCUGGACAAUGCAUUGGAGAAGAAUCACCAUGCCAUUAAAUUGUACAUGAGUGAAAAUCCUUGGAGGUGCGACUGUAUCUUCACGCCGCAUUUCCAAGAACUCCUCAUGAAAUAUCACUCAAUCGUAAAAGACUUCACCAGCAUCACGUGCAAGUACAUUGAAGGAGAUAGCAACUUCAGAACGUCAGUUAUUUCACUGAAUCGAGGCGAUGUCUGCAAACUUCCAUCGGAAUACAAAAUCCAGCCCAUUGAACUUCUCAAUGGCAUUCUCGGGAGUCUUAUCAUAUUUAUUCUCGGGAAACUUGCGUACGAUUACUAUCACUACAAAAGAUACGGAAGAGUCCCUUGGAUAGUCACUAAAUUACCUUAAAUUAAUUAGGUUCUGCUUUUGCAAAGUCGGAAAGUCCAAAAAAAAAAACAAGUAUAUUACAAUAAAUGUAAUUUUAUUUUAAUCUCAUAAUUUAAUAAAUUUUUAAAUGUUUUACCAUAA